AACUGAAAGCUGUCAAACGGGCCGUGUAUGCGAGUGGAAAGGGACGAACAAAAAGAGGAGCUUGUGCAUUUUUCGCGUUCGCCAAACUAGCUGCGGAAGUGGACGGCAACUAACUUUAACCUCUCUGAUUGCCAGUAAGAACAAAGCUAUCUCGUUUCCUAUUUGUGUGCGCAAAACGACCGGCCGAAAGUGUUUCUGUGGUGGAAAAAACUGCGCGGCGGUAUUGAUUUGGCCCCGUUGGGUUCGAUCCGGAGAGUAAGGCGUACUGCUCGGGCCUCGGGUGGAAAAUUGAUCGCACCCGACCUCACAGGCGUGCAGAAUGGGCCUACUAGAGCAGUUGCAGGAACAGGGCUGGUACAUCACGCAACCCGGCUUAGACAAACUGCUGGAGGGUGAAAAGAAUGGAUCCGCCGCUAGUGCGGAUGUGAAGCAAGUUGUGAAAUUAGCCUUGAACGUCGAUCUGCGAGAGUAUGGCGGUGGAGCGCUGGCAAGCCUGUCGUCCCGCGGCGCCAAGGCGGAAAGUUUCGAUGGGCCCGGCGUGGUGCAGCUGGUGAAGCUGCGCAAUCUCGGCGCGCCGAAGGUGAACGAGGAGUCGAAGGUGGCCCCCCGGCUGCUGAAGCUCACCGUCACCGACGGCCAAACGCAGUACAUAGCACUGGAGCACGAGCACAUAUCGUGCCUGAGCCUCAACACACCGCCGGGCACGAAGAUUUUGCUGAAGAACGGCCCCAUCCGCAUCCUGCAGGGCGUGAUGAUGCUGGGCGAAAAGAACGUACAGGUGCUGGGCGGCCACGUAACGGCGCUGGUGGAAAAGUGGGAGCUGAGCCGCACGAUGGCCAAGUACGCCAAGGGCGGCCGGUUGCAGUUCAGCGCGUCCGGUCCGCCGCCGUGGAUUCCGUUCGGGCAGAAAAUCCAGCAACCGGUGGCGCAAACCGACAAGGACUUCAAGAGCCUGCAGCCGAAGGAGAAGGAAGAGUCGACGGAAAACACGGCCUUCAACGCGCUGCGCAACGACGCGAUCGCGGAGGCGACCAAGCUCGGCACGAAGAAAACGUUCGGCGGCGGCGCGAAGCAGAUGGUCGACGCGAACGUGCAGAAAAUCAUGGACAAGGGCUUCACCGAGGAGCAGGCGACGCACGCGCUCAAGCUGACGCGCAACAACGUGCACCGGGCGCUCAGCAAUCUGCAGCGGAUAGAGGACCGGAAGCAGGCGCAAGCGGCCGACGCUGCGGCCGGCGGUGUUGGUGGAAAGCCGGAGGGCAGUGGUAAGCUGGGCGGCAAGCGAGGAGGAUACGGCAAGCGGGACGAGGAGGCGGAGCUGCAGGGCAAACCGUCCGAGAAGGUGUCGCUGUUUGACUAUUUCGGCGAUAUACUGCAGGACACUGAGCCGGCUGCGUCCCGGGGUGGUGGCGGAGGGAAGAAAUCGAGCAAAGAAUCGACCCCGCACGAACAGCAGAAGGAGCAGAAGGACCGAGCGCGGGGUGAAAGUGCCGGCCGGCAGACGGGCGGCAAUCGGGGCGGUCACUCGGCCAAGAGCCAGCAAUCGUCGGGCGGAGGUUCGGAACGAACCGAACGAGGCGGUGGAGGAGCAAACCGAACGAACCAGACUGACAACCACCAUUCCGGCGGCGCUGUGGUUAAUGGUGGAAGCUCUAAAAAUUACAACCAACGCUUUGAGAACAAUAUUUCGAGCAGUUUUGCCAACCGCAACACCGUCACCUCGUCGUCGGGUCGUGAACGCGGGGACAGAGGCGGCCGUGGCGACAGAGGCGAUCAGCAUCACCAGCAGGGCCAUGGGCAGUAUUCGAACCAGGUGCAGCAGCGUGAUCACCAUCGGGAAUCGAAUAGGGAUCAGCAUCGAGAUCAGCAGCGGGAUCAGCAGCGUGACCAGCAGCGUGACCAGCAGCGGGAUCAGCAGCGUGACCAGCAGCAAUCCUCAAACUACAAACAAUCGGAUUACUACGGUUCGUCGGGCAACAGCCGUUACCGAGGAGCGAACGAAAACCAUUCCUCCAAUGCAUCCAACAACCCGUCAUCCGGUGGGCGGGGUGGAAACAGUCGUGGAGGUGAUUCCAAAUACAACCAGCAACAUCAAAGCUCCGGAUACAGUCACAACAACCAGCAGCAGCAGCAGCAACAACAACAACCACAGCAACAGCGUCAAGACGGCUUCAACAACAACAACAGCAAUAGUAACAGCCAUUCCGGCAAGGGAGGAAAGUACGGUGGCAAAGGACAGUCCAACGAGAAUGCGGACCGAUACGGCAACAGCUACGGCUCGGAGGGCAGAAAUCAGCAACAAUCUCAGCACGGACAUGGACAGGGGGGUAAUGAAAACCGCCAGACUAGUGGUGGUGGUGGCGGCAAAUCAGGUUCCGGAUCGCAAAACACCGGCUCUAACCAUCAGAAUGCGACAUCCCAGCAGCAGCAGCAGCAAUCAUCCUACGGAAAUCCAUCCAAGCAGUCCGGCUAUCACAAUCAGCAGCACCAGGGCAAUACAGCGAACGGAGGCAACAGCAGCAACAACAACAACAACAACGCUAACAAUCACUACAACCAACCAACUGGCGGCAGUGGUAACCAUGGUAACAAUUAUGGCGGCGGUAGCGGUAACACUGGCUCCAAGAACUCGAACAAAGGUGGACGUUAUGGUGGAGGUAAGGAUGAAUCUCAUAAGUACAGUGGUGUGAGUGCAACACAAUCCACCGCUACUAGUGCCAGCACCAACACCACCAACUCGCAGCAAUCCAAAAAGGGGAAGGGCCACGGGUCGCAGCAGCAUUCCAGCGCUGCGCAGAACAAACCAGCCGAGCAGCAGGCGUCAUCGUACGGUUCGUCAGGCACGGGCAAGCAGCACGGAGCCUCGAACGCUAACAGCAACAGCAAGGUGAACCAAGUGGCGGAACAGAUGGGAGGCAUGCACCUUGGCGGCAACAAGGCGUCGUCGGGCUACAAUGCCACGAACAGUAGCAACAACAACAACAGCACGGUCGCUCAGUCGUCCGGCCCUGCCUCCUCUUCCACCUCCUCAUCGACUGGCAACAAACACAGCGCGAAGCAGAUGAACGCGAACAAUCACUCCUCGUCGGCUGUUCAAUCACAACAACAGCAGCUGCAGCAGCAGCAGCAGCAGCAGCAGCAGCAUCAACAACCACAGCAGCAACAACAACCACAGCAGCAGCACCAUCAACAGCAUCAUCAACAGCAACAUCAGCAGCAACAUCAGCAGCAACACCAUCACCACCAGCAGCAGCAACACCAUCAGCAGCAACGGGCACCGCAGGUAGCCUCACCGCCCAGUGUACCAAUGCCAACUGGCCCCGGUGGUCCCUCUCCUGGCGCAACGGCACCCUCGCCGGGUGUUGGUGGCCCGAAGAACUUCAUGCCGCUGCCGAACGGGUACAAUCCGUACCAGAUCCAGAUGGGCUACCCGAACAAGCAAACGAACGACGCCUAUGCCAUGAACGUGAUGAAAAGCCCGCAACAGUACGAUCCGAUGCAGCAGCAGCAGCAGCAACAGCAGCAGCCCCCGCAUCUGGGCACUCCAGGGCCCGUUCCGCCUACUGUGUCGCCGGUCGGCCCGAACGUGGUGCCAAUGCCGGUGAGUGUCACUCCGACGGGCGUACUGGCACAACCGCAACCCGCCGUGCUCGCUACGGCACCAUCUCCAGGGUCAGUGCCAGCCCACGGUACCCUUGCCCCGACCAGCAUGCCGAUGGCACCAGCGAUGGCUCCCCCUGCUACGGCGGCCAUUCCGGCCGUCUACACGAACUGGAAAAUAGGCGAUCGAUGCUUGGCAAAAUACUGGGAAGAUGGUGGGUUCUACACAGCGGAAAUUACGGACACUUCGAAGAACACGUUCGUCGUUCACUUUCUCGAGUACGGCAAUUACGAGGAGGUGCUGAAAACGGACUGUAUUCCCAUCACGCAAGCAGCCAGUCCGGCCGCACCCGCCCCGAUGGCAAUCGGGUACCAUCCCGCACCGGCUCCACAGCACAUGGCUCCACCGCAUCAGGCGGCAGCAGCAGCAACAGCAGCAGCAGCAGCCCCCGUACCGUACGCUCCCCAUCCAGGCCAUCCGCAUCUUCCACCGCAACACCACCCUGGACAUGUGCCGGCACCACUGCCACCCCAUCACCAUCAACCGCAGAUGGCGGCCGCUCCCGGUGCGUACCAAGCGCCAAUGCAGGACGUUGCCCAGCACGCGCACUAUGCGCAGUAUAAGCCGGGCCCGAUGCCACCGGUCGCCGCCCCGAUGCAGACGCCCCCCGGACAGGGUCAACUGCCGCCGGCGAUGAAUCAGUAUCAGCCAGUAACGCCGCAGCAUCACCUCCAUCAGCAGCAGCAGCAACAGCAGCCGCCGCCGCCGCAACAGCAACAGCAUCAUCCGCAUCACCUCGCCCAACAGCAGCAACAGCAUCAACAGCAUCAACAGCAUCAGCAGCAGCAGGGUGGACAUAUGGCGCAACAUCAUCACCAGUCACAGAUGGCUCAGCAGCAGCAGCACGGACAGCAGCGAGGAGGUGUGAAGUAUCGCGAACAGCGACCCAUGUACGUUCCCCCGGCACAGCGUAAGUAGGCCGGUGCGCGGAAACAUGCCGAUACCAUUGCUGUUCAGUAAGUAGAAGCGCUCGUUUUGUCCCCCCAACACUCCCCAUUCCCUUCCUAUGAUCUUGCAAUAAGGUGGGUUAUUGGGUGGCUAUAACAAAAAAAAAAAAACACAGACAUAUAACGGACACCUAGUGUAUAACACUCUCACUUUGGGGCGCGCCAGUUUCACUGUCAUCCACUGCCACUUAUUGCAAGACUGUUCGCGAGCGCGUAGUCGAUAUCAUCCUACACAACUGAAUUUACCUCCCCCUGUGUCGUCCACCCGGCGUUAUAGGAUGCACCUUAUUUAAACUAUGGUAGUUGAUUGCUGCCUCUCUGUGUUGGUGCCUAAUUGGUAGGAAAGAAUCUGUGCACCCACAGGGCCACGGCAGUAAAUAUAGACACAUUUUGCAAAAAUGUUUUCCACCUCUACUCGUUGGUGUGGCAUUAUGUAUUACAUUCAAAACGUAAAGUAUUUUGAACUACAAAACCACGCCCCGCCCCACGGGCAAGGAACGGAACGUUUCAUCUACACAGAUAAUGGGACGCGGCAUGAUGUUGCUGCAUCAUCCAUAACCGAUACGUUUCCGCCUCGGAUUAGGUAUAACUGUCCCGGGAAGGAGGGAUGCUAAAUUUAGUCACGUGAAGUCGCCAUUUUGAAUGUUCGUUAUAUGAAAAGCAUAGACAUGUUGUCUGCAUUACAAUUAAACAUUAAACUCGUUUCCCCUUUCUAAUUCGCCUAUCUUAAGAAAGGACGACUGUGUCAGUCUUGGUUUCGACUUCCUUCUUUUGUUUCCUCCUGCUUCUCCGUCUUUUCAAGUAAAUAUUUGAUACAAUCAAACGGGAAAACCAAUAUGCAAGUACGAGUAGCGGAACGGCCAGUGCAUUGCACUGUGUGGAUAGAAUUCACUUCCUCGAUUGAUUGAAUAAAAGCAAAGCAGAUAUGGAUCGUUGUA